UCUGUUCGAGAAGUCACAGGCUAUGUGUUAGUGGCUCUUAAUCAGUUUCGUUACCUGCCUCUGGAGAAUUUACGCAUUAUUCGUGGAACGAAACUUUAUGAGGAUCGAUAUGCCUUGGCAAUAUUUUUAAACUACAGAAAAGAUGGAAACUUUGGACUUCAAGAACUUGGAUUAAAGAACUUGACAGAAAUCCUAAAUGGUGGAGUCUAUGUAGACCAGAACAAAUUCCUUUGUUAUGCGGACACCAUUCAUUGGCAAGAUAUUGUUCGGAACCCAUGGCCUUCCAACUUGACUCUUGUGUCAACAAAUGGUAGUUCAGGAUGUGGACGUUGCCAUAAGUCCUGUACUGGCCGUUGCUGGGGACCCACGGAAAAUCAUUGCCAGACUUUGACAAGGACGGUGUGUGCAGAACAAUGUGACGGCAGAUGCUACGGGCCUUACGUCAGUGACUGCUGCCAUCGAGAAUGUGCUGGAGGCUGCUCAGGACCUAAGGACACAGACUGCUUUGCCUGCAUGAAUUUCAAUGACAGUGGAGCAUGUGUUACUCAGUGUCCCCAAACCUUUGUCUACAAUCCAACCACUUUUCAACUGGAGCACAAUUUCAAUGCGAAGUACACAUAUGGAGCAUUCUGUGUCAAGAAAUGUCCACAUAACUUUGUGGUAGAUUCCAGUUCUUGUGUGCGUGCCUGCCCUAGUUCCAAGAUGGAAGUAGAAGAAAAUGGGAUUAAAAUGUGUAAACCUUGCACUGACAUUUGCCCAAAAGCUUGUGAUGGCAUUGGCACAGGAUCAUUGAUGUCAGCUCAGACUGUGGAUUCCAGUAACAUUGACAAAUUCAUAAACUGUACCAAGAUCAAUGGGAAUUUGAUCUUUCUAGUCACUGGUAUUCACGGGGACCCUUACAAUGCAAUUGAAGCCAUAGACCCAGAGAAACUGAAUGUCUUUCGGACAGUCAGAGAGAUAACAGGUUUCCUGAACAUACAGUCAUGGCCGCCAAACAUGACUGAUUUCAGUGUUUUUUCUAACCUAGUGACCAUUGGUGGAAGAGUACUCUAUAGUGGCCUCUCCUUGCUUAUCCUCAAGCAACAGGGCAUCACCUCUCUACAGUUCCAGUCCCUGAAGGAAAUCAGCGCAGGAAACAUCUAUAUUACUGACAACAGCAACUUGUGUUAUUAUCAUACCAUUAACUGGACAACACUCUUCAGCACAAUCAACCAAAGAAUAGUAAUCCGGGACAAUAGAAAAGCUGAAAACUGUACUGCUGAAGGAAUGGUGUGCAACCAUCUGUGUUCCAGUGAUGGCUGUUGGGGACCUGGGCCAGACCAAUGUCUGUCGUGUCGCCGCUUCAGUAGAGGAAGGAUCUGCAUAGAGUCUUGUAACCUCUAUGAUGGUGAAUUUCGGGAGUUUGAGAACGGCUCCAUCUGUGUGGAGUGUGACCCUCAGUGUGAGAAGAUGGAAGAUGGUCUCCUCACAUGCCAUGGACCGGGUCCUGACAACUGUACAAAGUGCUCCCAUUUUAAAGAUGGCCCAAACUGUGUGGAAAAAUGUCCAGAUGGCUUACAGGGGGCAAACAGUUUCAUUUUCAAGUAUGCUGAUCCAGAUCGGGAGUGCCAUCCAUGCCAUCCAAACUGCACCCAAGGGUGCAUAGGCUCAAGUAUUGAAGACUGCAUCGGCCUGAUGGAUAGAACUCCCCUGAUUGCGGCUGGAGUAAUUGGUGGGCUCUUCAUUCUGGUCAUUGUUGGUCUGACAUUUGCUGUUUAUGUUAGAAGGAAGAGCAUCAAAAAGAAAAGAGCCUUGAGAAGAUUCUUGGAAACAGAGCUGGUGGAACCUUUAACUCCCAGUGGCACAGCACCCAAUCAAGCUCAACUUCGUAUUUUGAAAGAAACUGAGUUGAAGAGGGUAAAAGUCCUUGGCUCGGGUGCUUUUGGAACGGUUUAUAAAGGCAUUUGGGUACCUGAAGGAGAAACUGUGAAGAUUCCUGUGGCUAUUAAGAUUCUUAAUGAGACAACUGGUCCCAAGGCAAAUGUGGAGUUCAUGGAUGAAGCUCUGAUCAUGGCAAGUAUGGAUCAUCCGCACCUAGUCCGGUUGCUAGGUGUGUGUCUGAGCCCAACCAUCCAGCUGGUUACUCAACUUAUGCCCCAUGGCUGCCUGUUGGAGUAUGUCCACGAGCACAAGGAUAACAUUGGAUCACAACUGCUGCUUAACUGGUGUGUCCAGAUAGCUAAGGGAAUGAUGUACCUGGAAGAAAGACGGCUCGUUCAUCGGGAUUUGGCGGCCCGUAAUGUCUUAGUGAAAUCUCCAAACCAUGUGAAAAUCACAGAUUUUGGACUAGCCAGACUCUUGGAAGGAGAUGAAAAAGAAUACAAUGCUGAUGGAGGAAAGAUGCCAAUUAAAUGGAUGGCUCUGGAGUGUAUACAUUACAGGAAAUUCACCCAUCAGAGUGACGUUUGGAGCUAUGGAGUUACUAUAUGGGAACUGAUGACCUUUGGAGGAAAACCAUAUGAUGGAAUUCCAACGCGAGAAAUCCCUGAUUUAUUGGAGAAAGGAGAACGUUUGCCUCAGCCUCCCAUCUGCACCAUUGACGUUUACAUGGUCAUGGUCAAAUGUUGGAUGAUUGAUGCUGACAGUAGACCUAAAUUUAAGGAACUGGCUGCUGAGUUUUCAAGGAUGGCUCGAGACCCUCAAAGAUACCUAGUUAUUCAGGGUGAUGAUCGUAUGAAGCUUCCCAGUCCAAAUGACAGCAAGUUCUUUCAGAAUCUCUUGGAUGAAGAGGAUUUGGAAGAUAUGAUGGAUGCUGAGGAGUACUUGGUUCCUCAGGCUUUCAACAUCCCACCUCCCAUCUAUACUUCCAGAGCAAGAAUUGACUCGAAUAGGAGUGAAAUUGGACACAGCCCUCCUCCUGCCUACACCCCCAUGUCAGGAAAUCAGUUUGUAUACCGAGAUGGAGGUUUUGCUGCAGAACAAGGAGUGUCUGUGCCCUACAGAGCCCCAACUAGCACAAUUCCAGAAGCUCCUGUUGCACAGGGUGCUACAGCUGAGAUUUUUGAUGACUCCUGCUGUAAUGGCACCCUACGCAAGCCAGUGGCACCCCAUGUCCAAGAGGACAGUAGCACCCAGAGGUACAGCGCUGACCCCACCGUGUUUGCCCCAGAACGGAGCCCACGAGGAGAGCUGGAUGAGGAAGGUUACAUGACUCCUAUGCGAGACAAACCCAAACAAGAAUACCUGAAUCCAGUGGAGGAGAACCCUUUUGUUUCUCGGAGAAAAAAUGGAGACCUUCAAGCAUUGGAUAAUCCCGAAUAUCACAGUGCAUCCAAUGGUCCACCCAAGGCCGAGGAUGAGUAUGUGAAUGAGCCGCUGUACCUCAACACCUUUGCCAACGCCUUGGGAAAAGCUGAUUACCUGAAGAACAAUGUACUGUCUAUGCCAGAGAAGGCCAAGAAAGCGUUUGACAACCCUGACUACUGGAACCACAGCCUGCCACCUCGGAGCACCCUUCAGCACCCAGACUACCUGCAGGAGUACAGCACAAAAUAUUUUUAUAAACAGAAUGGGCGGAUCCGGCCUAUUGUGGCAGAGAAUCCGGAAUACCUCUCUGAGUUCUCCCUGAAGCCAGGCACUGUGCUGCCGCCUCCACCUUACAGACACCGAAAUACUGUAGUGUAAGCUCAGUUGUGGUUUUUAGGUGGAGAGACACACCCGCUCCAAUUUCCCCACCCCCUGUCUUUCUCUGGUGGUCUUCCUUCUACCCCAAGGCCAGUAGUUUUGACACUUCCCAGUGGAAGAUAGAGAUGCCAUGAUAGUUAUGUGCUUAUCUAACUUGAACAUUAGAGGGAAAGACUGAAAGAGAAAGAUAGGCGGAACCACAAUGUUUCUUCAUUUCUCUGCAUGGGUUGGUUGGGAGAAUGAAACAGCUAGAGAAGGACCAGAAAAUGUAAGGCAAUACCGCCUGCUAUCAAACUAGCUGUCACUUUUUUUUCUUUUUAUUUUUCCUUCUUUUUUUUUUUUUAAGCAGAUGGUUGAAACACCCAUGCUAUCUGUUCCUAUCUGCAGGAACUGAUGUGUGCAUAUUUAGCAUCCCUGGAAAUCAUAAUGAAGUUUCCAUUAGAAUAAAAGAAUAACAUUUUCUAUAACAAACAUAUGAUAGUGUCUGAAAUUGAGAAUCCAGUUUCUUUCCCCAGCAGUUUCUGUCCUGGAAAGUAAGAAUGGCCAACUCAAAUUUCAUAAUUUAAAAAUCUCUGUCAAAGUUAUAACUAGUAAUUGUUUCGAAGCCUUUUUGGUUUUUUUUCAUUUUGUUUUGCUCUGACCAAUUCCUUUAUAUUUGCUCCCCAAUUUUUGGCUUUAAUUUCUAAUCGCAAAGAUGUUUACAUCAAAGCUUCUUCACAGAAUUUAAGAAAUAUUUUAAUAUAGUGAAAUGACCACUACUUUACGUAUACAAUCUUUAAAAUAAGAAAAGGAGGCUAAUAUUUUUAUUUUAGCUCUCAUUUUUCAUGCUAUCAAAUUAUCUUCACCCUCAUCCUUUACAUUUUUCAACAUUUUUUUUCCUCCAUAAAUGACACUACUUGAUAGGCCAUUGGUUGUCUGAAGAGUAGAAGGGAAACUAAGAGACAGUUCUGUGUGAUUCAAGAAAACUACUGAUACUUUCAGGGUUGGUCCAAUGAGGGAAUCUAUUGAACUGGAAGAAACACACUGGAUUGGGUAUGUCUACCUGGCAGAUACUCAGAAAUGUAGUUUGCACUUAAGCUGUAAUUUUAUUUGUUCUUUUUCUGAACUCCAUUUUGGAUUUUGAAUCAAGCAAUAUGGAAGCAACCAGCAAAUUAACUAAUUUAAGUACAUUUUUUUUAAAAAAAGAGCUAAGAUAAAGACUGUGGAAACGCCAAACCAAGCAAAUUAGGAACCUUGCAAUGGUAUCCAGGGACUAUGAUGAGAGGCCAGCACAUUAUCUUCAUAUAUCACCUUUGCUACGCAAGGAAAUUUGUUCAAUUCGUAUACUUCAUAAGAAGGAAUGCGAGUAAGGAUUGGCUUGAAUUCCAUGGAAUUUCUAGUAUGAGACUCUAUUUAUAUGAAGUAGAAGGUAACUCUUUGCACAUAAAUUGGUAUAAUAAAAAGAAAAACACAAACAUUCAAAGCUUAUGGAUAGGUCCUUGGCUCAAAGUUGUAAAUAAAUGUGAAAAAUCUUCUCAUGCAAUUAUUUUAUUAUCCAACACACUAAUCUUUUGAUACUUUAUAUAAUUCCUUUUCUUCAUAUACUGCAUCCAGUACUAGAACCAUCAUUAUUAUGUAUCAUUUUGAAAGAAUACCUGAUGAUGAAGGAUGGGAACAAAUGACAGAGAUGAGUCUCCAGGUAAAGGGGGCCUCACAUCAAUAAUUAGGAAACUUAGAUAUAAGUCCCCCUUUUCUGAAAAUUCUACCCCAAGUCAUUUAGAUUUUUAAAAAAUACUUCUUUCUAAUGUUAAAAUAUUGGGACCAAAUUAGAGUCAAUAGUAUAAGAUUACUUAAUUAGAGUAAAAAUAUCUAUUAAGGCAGAGAAAGUUUAGAGAAAAAAAAAAUGCAAAGAAAUUUCUUUCUUCCUAUUCUGAAUAAGUAAAUCCAUCCAUCUAUCCAAAUCUCCUUUAUCUAACUGUGUCUACUAAAAGCACCGUAUUUUGUGGGGAACACUCAGAUAAAUGGAAUAUCAUCCCCAACUUCAAAAUUCUAUCAUCUAGGAGAUUUAAUUAAAAUGACAUUUUAAUUUUUCUAUGAGUUCAAAGAAUCAGAUUGCAUAGUCUCUUUUGUGAAUAGCUGUCAUAUAAUCAGUUGUACUGUAACAUAUCUCCUUUGAACUCAUUUGGGAUAUAAGUUACACAUCCUUCAAAUUGUUGAUAUUGACAAAUAGGAUAAUUUCAGUAAUAUUAUUCAAACAUAAACUGGUCUAGAAGAAUAUUGCAUCACUGGCUAAUUAAACUAUCUAGAUUCUAACUUCACCAUUAAACCAAAAGCAGAUGGUGGUCCUUGGCCAAGAAUGAUGAAGACACUGGAGUUGUUGGUUUUCUUCUAAGCUAUAAGAAGUGAGGCAAGCUGAAAAAGUACAGUAGAGCAGGGGAAGGAUUUGUGAGGUUCCUUCUAGGGAAGUUCACCCUCAAACUUUUCAGGGUUAAAGACAGAGUGAUUCAGGGGCCAUAACCUAACAACUCAGAGCUCUCCUAUCCAUUCAGAGAAGUCUCUAGGAAAAGGAAUCUCAUAUCAGUACUUAUGAAAAAUGGAAUAUAAGCCUCCCUUUCUAAAUAAAUCUGCACCGAGUCAUCACAGCCCUCUUUUUGGAUACUAUGCCUUGAUUUUUUUUUUUCUAAUUUACACUAUGCAUAUGGUUUCUACUGGGAUAUAGAAAGCAGAAUCACUCAUUUUGGAGAAGGAAAAAAUAAAUAGUUAAAACAGACUUUUAACUGUUAAGGUAACAGAAAUAUAUUUAGUGAAUGUAGUCUCUUUCCUCCUAAGAACACAAGACUUUUACAUGUCGGGUAAUACCUAGAGACAGAGGUAGGCAUAAUCCAAAAUGACCCAAAUGCUUUAUAAUAGCACCACUUUAUAAUUCUUUUGAAUGAUUUCUGUAGUAUAUAAUUGACUUCAGUUGUUUGAGUGUUUUUUGUUUUAUUUUUGUCCCCCCUGGGAAAACACAUUUCAGCAUGUAUAAGAGGGAGAAAAAAAGUUUCAUUCGUUCCAGACAAUAACUUAUUUAGCCCAGUAGGGUAGAAUUUUAAAAUGUCAGUUAAAGUCUUCAAGGUGCUUUCGGGGAUAUCAGAUUCCAGAGGCCAAUUGUAGCAACUGAAAUUUGCAGAAUCGAUAUGUAAAUUUGAAACAAAUUAGUAUUAGAAUUACACUGACUAUAUUUUUUAAAUCACCCGACUUUGUAGAUUAUACCUAUUUUGGGCAAUCCUAUUUUCAGGCAUGGAAAAACUUUGCAGUUAAAUGAUUGCCUAAAGAAAGUGGUACUUAAGCAGGUGAGGAAAGAUGGCCUCCGAUCUAGGGUAGAUCCAGAACCACAAAGUAUCUGCAUCACAAAAGUUGUUAGACUACCAAGCAACUCUUGGUUUUCUGCACAAUAUUAGUAGCACAGCUUAGGAUGAGAAUCUUUUCUCCAGUAACAUUCUUAAACUAGCAUGAAAAACAAUGCAAAACUCAAAUUUCUAUUAAAACACACAAACUAAAAUCAAGUGAUUCUUUUUUGUAGAUUAGGGAGAAGGACUGAAUAUCUAACUUAAGAGAAGAAAUAGUGUUCUUCUAAAUGCUAUAGUGUGUGAGCUAAUACCUUCUAAAAGAAAGACAUGGCAUGAAGAUUGUGCAUAUUUACAAUGCUAAGGAAAAAUCAAGAAAAGAACUGUGAGGCUCUGCUGCUAGAUGAAGUUGGAAGGACUAUUAAUGUGCUUCUUGAGGUAUCAAAAAUGAAAAGAAAAUUAAAAUUGUUUAAGCCUGACAGGGAAGGAUGUAAAUACAAGUUUUUCUAGUGCUAUCUAACCUUUAUUUCAAAACUGGAAUUAUUCAUCCAUCUGUAAUUGUUGAUAAUUUAACUAGUAUAUGUAGUUCAUAAGGUAAUAGAAAAGGUGAUCAUGAAAGCAUGUAUAUAACUGGACAGAACCACGAUAAUGCUAUAAGAUGUAGAUUUAGUUAGGUUAUCAGAUGUUAAAUGAUUUUAAUAUUAUUAAAUAAAUCAAACUAGAAAACUAACCACAAGUAUAAUAUAGCAAAGUUAAAUGCAGGAUAUUAAAAUGUAGGAUGGAUUUUGCAUAGUAAAAAAAUAAGUUUGCCAUUUAAAAUUGUCAUUUGUUGGGUUUAGCUGAAAGUAGGCAUAUAUGGUUCCACUUGUGAAAACUUGCUUUAAAGCAUUACAAUGAACAAUUUUUUCUCAUUCUCUUAUUCCUUUAUCACUUUUUAAAUGUAAAGAAAAUUUUAUUUAUUUUUUUUUUAAAUAAACACCACCUUGCAGAAUUUAA